GGAAUCGUCUCGAUGGCUGGGUGUAGGUGAGUGUGGGGUGCAGAAUAUCGAGCCACGGUCAGCGGUGCGGCGGCGGCGGGUCGUAGGUCGUGACGCGCCAGCGAUGACGUCAUACGCCGAGGGUGGAGGGUGGCGGCAGGGAGGCUCCCGGCCACCCCCCCAGUGAAAGUCGGUCCGCCGGCUCCGUAACGUCAGUUCACCCUGGGCUUCCAGCCGGGCCGCACGCUUCGCCGCUCGAAGCCGCAAUGUAGACCGAUCAGAUAACCUGCAAUCUCCAUGUAUCAUAUCAGACUAACAUCAUUAAGCCUCAAAAUAUUAGUUUGCAUUCAAAAAUAGUUGUUGUGCUGUGAGUUUCUUCUGUAUUUUGCUUCCGUAGCGGCGAUGCAAGGAAAGUGCUAAAUAUAGCUGGGGUUCGCGCGCUCCCGACUGAUCGCGGCCGGUGCCCGCUCCGCAGUCACAAAACUAUUUCUGUCCAUAGGAAAGCAAAAGCAACAAACAGCGAGUACGCCAGUGGAAAGCGGAAUUGUGUACCGAUGUGGACAAUGAGAAAAGUGCGUAAAAAGAACUAGCAAGCCACCAGGCGAGAGUGAGCCGUGUCAUGGUGCCAGGCGCCCCCUGAGCCCCCGUCACCAGUGCACGCACAGCUUCCACAAUGGCGCUCGUUAUGUUGCCGUGUGAUCUUCCGUGGUGGACUAAUGUCCAACGACAUUUGAAACAUCUUCUGUUGUCGUCUUCUCCUACAAAAUUAGCAGCUAAUAUGUUAAAAAUUCAUGAUAUGUGCAACAUCGGCAUAGACCCAGACGACGACGUGAAAGACCCGGAGCUCAUGAAGGGGCUGGAGGAGUUCUUACAAGAUGAGCUGUCUCCGGAGGAGUGCCGGAAUGUCCUGGACAACACCAUCCGGAUCAUGGUCAACAGAGCGCUGCACUUGAAGCGGUGGCGGCCGCCCAAGGGACUCAUGUUCAGUUUGCAGCAGCAGAGCGACGUGACGGAGCUGGAGUACGGGUUCGUGUCGGCGCUGCUGGCGCACGCGUUCUUCUCCACGUUCCCCAAGCGCACGCGCAAGACGCACCCCACGCUACAAGACUUUAAUUUUACGCAUUUUUUUAAGAAUUUACACAGAAAAUCACAAAGAAAUAAACUAAAGAGUUUGCUGCACUACUUCGAGUGGCUAGACAAGAAUGAUAACAAUGAGGGCUCCAUUAAAAUUAGCAGACAGGUGAUGACGUCGAAGCAAUGGCUGACGAUCGAGGACUGGCUGGAAUGUUCCCUGCCUUUAUGCAAACUGGUGGUGCGACACGAGGGCCGGCCGGAGCGCUGUGAGAGCGACGACGCGCUAAGGAUCUGCUUCUGUAGCAGCCGUGUCGGUGGGGAUGUGCUGGUAGAUGGCGAGUCACAGGAAUCCCUAUCAAUGUUCAUGAUGCCGGAGCUGCUAGCAGCGAUGCUGUCGGUGGAAGCUCUCGAAGACAACGAGGUGUUGAAGGUGGAGGGGGUGCGGCUGUUCAGCAGGAUCAACGACAAGACGCAGAAGAGCACCACGGAAAUACUCGCUGAACCUAAGACGGUGACGGUAUGUCUAAUGGACGCAGAAGACUACAGCUCGCUGCCUCUCGGCCAGUGGGAAGAAGACAACGUGCUCCGAGAACUCAACAAGAGUCUUUUAGCCUUCCAACAAUCACCCAUGAAGAGUCGAGACAACCACAAGAUUGAGCGACGGCUCUCUCCAAUCGGAGAAUCGUUCAGCCACACGCCGCCGGAGGUGGAGGCGACGGUGAUGAUCAAGCAGUCGUCGUGCAGCACCAUCAACAGCUACAGCAGCCGCAGCCCCUCGCCCCAGAACUACAGCCAGUGCGCCGCCACGCUCAACCUUAAUGAUCCUAGUUUGGAACUAUCAAAGCGUAAAUGCUGGCUGUCUCCCAACGAAGCGACGCUCAACAACCGCCGCGGCCGCUUCAUAGUGCUGGGGUCUUCCGGGGAAUGUCUCCCGGUGACCAGGUCACCCGCCCUGUCACACUUGGACACUCAAGAGGACAGUCUCUACUCCAGUUGCAACUCCAGUGAUGACGAGUAUCACAGUGCUAAUGAUAGCUUCGAUUAUGGUAGCGAAGACGAAGGUCGAGGCGAGAGCGCGCGCCCCAACUCAUUCCAGUUCAGCAAAGACUUCUCAACAGAAGAGAGGCGGCUCAGCUUCGCCGGCAGACUGAGAGAGGCGCUCAGGCGAGAGGCAGAGAACUCCUGCACCACCACCACCACCGGGGACUGGUCCACUGACAGCUCGAGCUAUGCUGUCGGCAUCAGCAUUUCUGGGGCUGAAGUCAAUGAUAAUGAUAUCCGGGUAAAACGCGGGGGCUCCGUAGGUUUCGUGUUAACAGAAAAGGAGACUAUGAGCAACGGGAACCACUCAAAGAGACAUCCGCCGAUGGGCAGGAAGGAAACCGGGAACAGCUCCAAAUACAGCUUCAGCACGGAAUAUACAUCAGAGCUAGAAGAAGUAUACGAGCAGUUCAACCAGUGGCUGAGCGAUCCCAUAGUGGAUGCGGAGUCCGGAGAACAUAAACCUAGGGAGUUAGACUCCAGAGAUUUGGCUGUGAUAAGAUUCGCGGGGUCGCUUCUAAAGCGUACUCUCAGCGAGUCGUGCGCGGGCGGCGGCGGCAACACGGCGGACGCGGCGGAGCUGUACCCGCGGGACCCCCGGGAUCGACCCUCGCCCCGGAGGCUGGCGCUGGCUGCCAGGUCACUGUCGCUGGAGCUGGCCCGCCAUCGGCACAGGCUCGCUGCGCAACUGAAACGCAAAGUCAAAAAAGCUAUACCGGAAGACAUAAUAAACGCACACAGUCAACCGAAGGCAGUUGAAAAAAGGAACGAAAGCGAAGAUGGCAUCCUCAACUCUUCAACGGAAACCUGUUCGACUCAGAAAUCGAACCCUAAAUUGUGGAAGAAAAAGUUGAAUUGGGUCGUAGACAUGAUAGUGGAGACCAUAGAGGAAUCCAUCGAAUGUGAGCCCGUCACUGUUAAACAGAGAAAACCGAAUCUAAGCCAGCUAGCCCACAAGAUCGUGUCCGGGGGCUCCUCCCGCCCCGUGGCCACCGGCAACUGGGGCUGCGGGCGCCGGCUGCAGGGGCACCCGCAACUCAAGAUGCUGGUGCAGUGGCUCGCCGCCAGUGUCGCCGGGGUGCCCGCGCUUAUUUAUUACACGUACGGGAAUGAGAAGCUUUUCAAGCUGGACACCCUAGUCCGUGUGCUAGUGGACCGCAAGUGGACGGUGGGCCAGCUCGCCCGCGCCAUGCUCAAGUACGCGCGGCGUAAGCUCCACGACCCCUGCGCUCCCGACAGCCAGACGCUCUUCGACGAACUCAUCGGCAUAGAGAAGAUACCCGACGACUAGAUAUGAUAUGAUACUGUUGGUAGAUCCUAAGGCCCGGUUUCGCGAUAUUCUGUUAGAUGAUAACCAGGGAUUAUUGGUUGACUUUUGACACAUCUGUCAAGAAUUUAAUAUGGAGAUGACGUAUAAUUGAUGAACCAAUCCCUGGUUACGAUAUAACCGAUUAUGGCGAAAUUGGAGCUAAGGCCCGGUUUCGCGAUACUCGGUUAGAUCAUAACAAGGGAUUAGUUUUUUUGAGACCUCUGCCUAGAAUUCAAUAUGGAGAUGUCGUAUUGAUGACAUUACAAUGUAACAGGGGUGUUAAUGAUCUAACAGACUAUGGUGAAACUAGGCAUCAAAGUCGUUUGUGCCAUGUUUACUCCCGUUUUUUGUUUUUUAUUUUUUUGUUAAGCAAUGAUGUAAUCGUUUCAUACUCUCCUAGUAACAUCGCACGAACAAAUAAUGCAUUUAUAUACUCCUGUAUCGGUAUAUAUAUCCCGUGUUACUAUUUUCUAAUAAGGUUAAGUCGGUCGGCAGAGUUUUGAGCAUCAAUUUUAGAUAGUUUUUAUAUAGCAUAAAAAAACAAGCAAUAAUAAUUAUAAUUGAUAUAAAAACAAAACUUAAUAUUUUUAUACAUUAUUAAAAUACUUUUUAAAUAGUUAAACUAUACGAUAAAAAUGACGUUUGUAUUUUAAUUAUUACUAGGCAGCCUGUAUACAGUCUAAUGACUCUCAUUAUCAACUAUUUUCCAGUUUGAGUCACUUUCACGAUAAAUUCUAAUGAAAUUAGAAUUAUGAAAUGCCAAUCUAAGAGCAUGGGAAAUAAACAUAAUUGGAAAAUAGUAGAAACCUUUUGUAGCUCUAUUAGUUUAGGGUCUUAUUCCCUAUGAUAUUUCCCACUUAAGUUUGGGUUUCGGAUUUAUAUGUACUUAAAAUGCAAUAUUUGAUGAAAGAUAUUUGUAAAUAUUGAUUGGCUAAGCAUAAUAUUGACAUGGUUUCCUAAAUAUCCACCUUUACUUUUAAAGGUUCGACACACAUCAGGAAAAAUACUACCAGUUCUUGGUAUUUCAGUCAGCUUCAGGCGAUUUUGUUUACAUUCCUAAUCAAACAGUUUAGGCCCGCUGGGAACUAAAAAAAGCUUUAUUUAUUAACUAAACUCCUGAUAUGUGACUGUGCCUUUAAUCUAGCUUUAUCCAUAGUAACAGAACUUCCUUUCUCACCAAUCUUAGUUUGAAGUGGUCUUCCAUAGUAUGAAUCUCGACGUGUCCAAAAUUUUGAAUUUUUACUUUAAAAAUAUAUGUUUAAUACCUACAGAAUACUCAUGCAGACGAUGCAAAUAAAAUAUGACAUCAAGAAA